GGUCGCUGCCUGUCACUGUGACAUCACAGAGCAAACCCCUUGGGUCAGCCAGCCCCACCCAGGCAGCUCAACUUUGUGUCCUGCCUUGGGGAUAUCCUUUCCAUCCUCUCCAACCCACUUCGCACCAUCUUACCCCUCUGCUGGCAAGAGGGGACCUAAUCUGUCCUCAGACUAAAUAUUCAUUCCACCUAACUGAUUAAGACAAAGCAGAAGAAAAACUGAAACUCCUUUACCUCAGAACUACAAAAGUGAAUGAGCAAACCCUCUCAACUGACUCACCAUGUUUGUGUCACCCAGGAGAUGGAGUUCCCGAAGGUCUUCCCCAGCCAGCGGGCCUUCAUAUCUGCCAUCCUCAACAUGCUAUCACUCAGCCUCUCCACAACAUCCCUGCUCAGCAGCUACUGGUUUGUGGGGACACAGAAGGUGCCCAAGCCCCUGUGCAGAAAAGGUCUGGCAGCCAAGUGCUUUGACAUGCCGAUGUCCUUGGUUGGGGGCGACACCAACACAUCAACCCAGGAGGUGGUGCAGUACAGCUGGGAGACUGGGGAUGACCGGUUCUCCUUCCGCACCUUCCACAGCGGCAUGUGGCUAUCCUGUGAGGAAAUCAUGGAAGAACCAGGGGAGAGGUGCCGAAGUUUCAUUGAACUCACACCACCAACCGAGAGAGGUGAGAAAGGACUACUGGAAUUUACCAUGUUGCAAGGCCCACGUCACCCCACUCUCCGAUUUGGAGGGAAGCGGUUGAUGGAGAAGGCUUUUCUCCCCCACCUUCCCUUGGGGCUUGUGGCAAAGAUCCUCUGGUUAUCACUGGGAGCCCAGGUCACCUACAUUGGACUUCAGUUCACCAGCUUCCUCUUGCUACUAAUGGAUUUGCUAUUUACUGGGAACCCUGGUCGCGGACUCAAGCUUAGUGCCUUUGCUGCUAUUUCCUCAGUGCUGUCAGGCCUUCUGGGGAUGGUGGCCCACACGAUGUAUUCUCAAGUCUUCCAGGCAACUGCCAACUUGGGUCCAGAGGACUGGAGGCCACAUACUUGGAAUUAUGGCUGGGCCUUCUACAUGGCCUGGGUUUCCUUCACCUGCUGCAUGGCGUCUGCUGUCACCACCUUCAAUACGUACACCAGGAUGGUACUGGAAUUCAAGUACAGGCACAGUAAGAGCUUCAGGGAAAACCUGAGUUGCCUCCCACAUCACCACCAGUGUUUGCUUCAGCAGCUGUCAUCUGCAGCCCAGCUGGGGGGGCCUUUGACUGGCUACCACCAAUACCAAAACCAGCCCAUCCGCUCUAUCUCUGAAGGAGUUGACUUCUACUCAGAGCUACCAAACAGGAGACUUCAGCAAGGGACCGGCCAGGAGCUACAAGAGGUCACUGGGUCAUCUGCAGAGGAAGAGCAGUGUUAGGAAUAAGUGGGUUUGGAAUGCAGGCUAAGCCCUACCUUACAUGUUUGUUAUCAAUAUGAGCUUAAGCCAAAGUUUUGUUUCUUGAAUAUGGUUUUUAGAGGCUAAGAAUAAGGGUAUCUUCAAGUACAAGUCCAGUGGGGCCUCCGGAUGCCAUUGCUCCCUUCUCCUUCAGAGCUCUGUCUCCUUUCACUCACCCCCACGUAUCAGUUUCCUCUGGCUGCUGUGACAAAUUAUCACAAAAUGGGUGGUUUAAAACAUCAGAAAUUUAUUGUCUCAUAGUUUUAGAGGCUGGAAGUCUGAAAUCAAGGUGUCAGCAGGGUCAUGCUCGCUCUGAAGGCUCGAAGGGAGGAUUGUUCCUUGCCUUUUCCUAGCUCCUAUUGGCUCCGGGCAAUCCUUGGUGUUCCUUGGCUUGUAGCUGCAUCACGCCAAAUAAGGUUCACAUUCUGCCAGUGGGCAUGAAUUUCUGAGGAGACACUAUUCAACCCCACUAUCCUCCAUGUCUCAUUUCUCCUUCCUGUGCAUUCAGAAUUCCCUUCUCUCCUUUACUGAUUGUUAGUUAUGUCCCAGGUCCUGAGAUAAGCAAUAGAGAUUAAAGGGGGAGGGGGGAGGCAUAAAAUAUAGUCCCUGCUCUUAAGGGGCUUAUAAAUCUGCCCAUUUGUCUGGGAUUUGGAGGAGUAGAGGUGGACAAAUCAAAAGGUUGGAAUGAGGCUCAACUUCUGAGGUAUAUGUGUGAAUUUUUCUGGAAGUAAUAUGUGAAAGAUGAAAGCACUGCUGCAAGCUUUGGCAUCUGGGACUGAUGUCCUCCACACUCCCUAUUCGCGUCUUACAUCCACAUUAUAGACACCCAAUACAACGUUUUAUUAAAUAUUAUCCUAGAAGCCAUUCUGAGAGUCGUAUAACAUAAGACAGCCCCUAAAGCAUACAGAGACAUAUCCACUUACAAAAAUGGUUCACAGAGGCAUUUCCAGGUAGGAUUAUGGCUCCCCAGUGGAGAACCAUACUGGAGACUGCCCCAGCAAACAGGGCUAGGGCAUACACUCCUCUCUAAGUCCCCACCUUUUCCUUAUCCCUUCUGAGAGACUUACCCUAUUAUCUUCUCCAUAAAGACUGCCAUCCACCAAUUCACCCUUUCUCUUUUCCAUAAGGGAAAAUAAACCAUCUUUGAUGGCUAAAAAGAAAAACAAUAGCACACACGUAUGUUCCUAU